CAUUUCCCCAAGUUAUAGGCCUGUAAAUAAUAAACAAAAUAGGUAAUUCAAUUGUAGAACUUAAAAUUCAACAGCGAUAAAAAAAAGUGUGUGAAUAAUGGAUCAUUUUAAUGUGCCUAAGAAAGUGAAUAGGCACGUUUUGAAAGCGUUGGGUGCUUUGAGUGGCGGCGAUCGCAAUCGAAUCAUCGUCACGUCAAGUAUAAUAAAUCAAGUGAAGUAUCAAAUGCGAAACCUAGUACCAGUUCCGAAUCUUGAGAGGGCCGUACAGAAUUCUUUGAAGAACCUCAGUGAAAUUGGCUUGAUUGAUCGACGUGGCAUGCAUCGCUAUGCUCUUGGACGUUCCGCUGCCGCUAUGCAAGGGCCCAGUGCUCAAUCCAAUUCUAAAACCCCAGACCGUCGUGUAUUUCAUGGCAAUGAUCCACGGCGAUGUAGUCGUAGCAGAUUAGAUCCCAAUAUGAAACGUGGGCGAGCCUGCAGCGAAGAAGAAUCUCUUUCUGGCGAUGAAUUUGACCGAACACGCAAACGUAUGCGUACAAACAACAAGCAACUAGGGCAUUGUGGUCGUUGGGCACAUUUGCCGCGUGUGCGACAGCACCACCAAAAGAUUCACCCAGCCGAUCAGCUGUGCCGUAUAAGGGCACCAAUCGAUACACCUUUGAUUUCUCAAGACCUCUACUCAAUACAUCACCAACAAAAGAUCUUUCAGGAAUGUUUUCCUCCUAAAGUCUGUCGAGAUCUACUUGAAAUCAUCAGCAGGGGAAUGAUAAGUAAUGCAACAUCGGACUAUAUGCUUGCUAAUGUGACACCCGCACUAUCGCUUGAGAUAGCUGAAAUCUCAGAUGAUGUAAAAAAAAUUGUGGAUGUGCGCAAAAUAGUCGAGACCCCACCGUUACAACAGCAAAACGAAAACGAGCUGGAAAUGGGAGAGUACGAAGAACGUGAGGAAGGAGUGCAAACUGAGAACAUAUCGUCAACGGCAGUCUCUGACCACCAAAAUGCAACAACAUGCCGCGAAACGGCAUCUAAGGUCAGGCAAGGGGUGCAACAAGUGCAAAACGCUAGCAAAAUCAUAACAAAUCAAAAUCCAGUCACAAAAAUUGGUUUGUCUCACCGGGCAAUGACCACAUCCAACGCCUUGGCGGCUACAUCUGAAAAUUCAUCCAAGUCUCUACUGCCCGAUUACACAAAGUCUUAUAUUAAAUGAUAAAUGUGCACUUUGCUCGAAAUCACAAUUGGUUUUUCGGGCUUUUUUGUUGUAAAUUAAAUGUAAGUGAGUUCCUCAAUUAUAAAACCUCUCCCUUGAAAAUAAAUCGUCGAAACGACUUCAUUGAAGGGGCAUG